AUGAGCAACGAGCACGGGCGGCGAUCGAGCAAGCGUCUCGCUGGUAGGUUGAUUGAUGACGAAGGUGAUGGCGCUCACAAGAGACGACCCGCUGACCGUCGAAAUGCAGCGGCGGCGACAGAUUAUGAGCAUGACGAUGAUUUCGCAUUUGUUCGAAAAUCGAAACGACCCAAGACGGAUAAGUCAGACGAAUCAAAACCAGAGCCAGAACCAGAACCAAAGGCGGAGCCGGUCAAAAGAAAUACCAAGGGACGACCUCCGAAGCAACGCGCUGCUAAGGCGCCGACAACGAAUGGAACCAUUGCGGAGGAGGCGCCUACAGAGAGCGAAAUAAACACUACGACGAAACCUACGACAAGAAAGAGUAGUAGACGAAAAGCGAGUGUUGACGCGUCAGAAGGGCGACAAACUAAUGUCCCUAAAAGAUCAUCGACUAGGAGGAGCACACGGAGGUCGGGGGACUCCCAGGAUGAAGUAGUUCCUCAAGCAGCGUCAGCACCAGAGGCCGAUCCCGGGCCCCAACCAGAGGUAGUAUCUGAACCGGCACCAGCUCCCCGUGUCAACGGAGCCUCCAAGAAACGAGGGAGCCGUGCAAAGUCCACUCGACCGCCCCCGGAUUGGGACAAGUCACCGCAACGCGAAAUGCCUGCGCAGUCGGCCACGAUCGCCCUGCCUAUGAGCGACACGCCCAUUAUCAACCGGAACAAAGAGAUGCGAAAGAAAGGGGGCAGUUCCAACAGGCGGAGCAGCCUUGGUAACCGCGGAAGAAGGGCGAGCUCUUUGAUCGAGAGUGGACAAACAGCAAUACCUCAUCGAGAGGUCAACCCCGCGGAUUUCUAUAAACACAUUGAAGCCGAAGGCCUGACAGAACCUCGACGUAUGAAGCAGUUGUUAACAUGGUGCGGCGAGCGCGCGCUAUCAGGGAAGCCUCCUCAUGGCACACCGAAUUCUAACGCCAUUCUCGGUGCUCGUGCCAUUCAGGAUCUGCUAUUGAAAGACUUUGCGGCCAAAUCCGAAUUUUCGGACUGGUUCAGCCGAGAGGACGAUGCCCCAAAAGCACCUGUUGUGCUGAAACCCAAUCCCAGAAACAUGGAGUUGGACGAGAAAUUGGCUCAGCUUGAAAUCAACAUUAAGAGACUACAAGGUGAGAAGAGAGCUUGGCAAGCAAUACGGAAACCUCCGCCGGAACAACCACCUCUUUUCCCUGAAGACGAGAUCGGACCUAUCGUUCUGCCCGAUUUUGAUCUCUUGGACUCAGAAGAAGGCAAAAUCAGAGGCUUCCUUGCAGAUGAGAAAGCGUCGUUCGAUGCUGUUAGGUUACAGACAGAAUCAAGAUUGCGCGGUAUCCAGUCAUCACUCGAAUUUCAGAUUGACGAACUUGCCGAUAACGUUCACAAGCUCGAGCAGCGGGUUGUGGUCGCGGGCAAAGAAGCGGACAAGGUUCUUAGUGUGAGCGCCCUUCGUCUUCGACAACGUGAGGAGCGAGAGAAGGCGAGUGUGGGAACAAGGGACAUGCCGGUUAUCGAAGUUCUGAGGAGUCUAGGGAACAUUCUGCCUGAAGGAGGUGGUUGA